CCACCGGAAAUAGACACAAAGAAAGCGGAAGUAGUGAAAAUUUGCUAGGCGAUUUUUCUAGCUGUGUAGAGUCAAUUUGAGGGAGUCUUUUUGUAUUAAACUCACUCAUUGUCGUUGCAACGACAUCGAAACAUGGACAGAUAGUGUUUGUUUAAUUGGAUAUACGGACGUGGUCCCUGUAAAGGAUAAUCCAUCAUAUCUGUGCCCAGUUCUGUCACUUAGGACUCUGACACAUACAGGCGCAAACAAACAACAGUUUUGCCUCUUGUGAAACGCCAGAGUCCCUCCACUUUUCCUGUGCAUCCUAGCAUGGCUAACAGCACCGCAACAGUAGUGAAGGCUCUGCAGCCUGGACCUGCUGGGAGAAGUAGUCCAGAGGGAUCUCAGGUGCUCAGUAAGAAGAAGCUUCAGGACCUUGUGAGAGAGAUUGACCCAAAUGAGCAGCUGGAUGAGGAUGUUGAGGAGAUGCUGCUACAAAUUGCAGAUGACUUUAUAGAGAGUGUAGUGACAGCGGCCUGUCAACUGGCACGCCAUCGCAAGUCCAACACCUUGGAGGUGAAGGAUGUUCAAUUACAUCUUGAGCGCCAGUGGAAUAUGUGGAUUCCUGGUUAUGGCUCAGAUGAGAUUCGGCCGUUCAAGAAGGCUUGCACCACAGAGGCUCACAAACAGAGAAUGGCGCUGAUUCGCAAGACAACCAAAAAGUAACAAGACUGUACACCAAUAAGUUGUUCCCACUCUGUGUAUUGUCUUUUCUUUUUGUUCUUUCCUUUUCAACUGGGAUUUGUUGGGCUAAUGAAGAAGAACGAGACGGUUUGGGUGGGGGUAUAUAUAUAUAAUUUUUUUUUAUUAUAAUUUUUUUUUUUUUACAUUAGAUAGUGUUUCAUCGUCAUGACUCCCUAACUUUUGAGUGUUUUGCCAGCACUAUCACACAAUAAUGUAAUUCUUGUCUCUGAUUCUGUUUUGUUGCCAUUAAGCUAAGCCUGGCAGAACUAUAUUCAUUGCAUUUUUGUCAAUAAACAUUUACUGGAAUACUUUUGGAUUAUGACCACUGCUGUAUCCAGUUCACCUUUUGAUACUCUAGAACAUUUGGAUGUGAUUGUCUGCCUCCUUAAAAUUGAUAUUUGUUGUCAUCUUACCAAUAAUAGAUAAUCAUAACCAUUGAGUAUGUAAGAAAUUGUGGCUUCCCUGUUUUUCCAUUCUACUCAUACAAUGUUGUUGAUUAUAGUUGGGGGUUGUUGGUUUUUUUUUUUUGUUUUUUUAAUAAAUAGAGGGUCUAUAAUACCAGAUUCCUACUGCAAAUGGUGGCCACAAAUACAGUAAAUUCUUUGUCUCUGUUGUUAGACAUAUAUGUGCUGUUCUGUAUUGUUACUGAAUGUAGUAGGUUUUAUUAAAUUAACACAUUUCAACCAUC